AUGGCUUCCAAAUUCGGUGCAGUACACGCUACUCCGGGACGCACUUCGUUUAAGCAGCAGAGGAGCUCGGGGAAGAUCGUUGGGACUAAGAAGAACCAGUGCUCCAUAAAGGAUAAUAGUUUCCAGUACACUAUCCCUCACGAUGAUUCCUUCAGUGGUUCAUCUGCCUCUUCAUGUGAACCAGUGAGUGAUUUUCCAACAUCGUUUCGAAGAAAAUCUACUUACAUAAAAAAGAGACGGAUCAAGCCAGCUGCUACUUCCCAUGUUGAAGGGUCAGGUGGAGUAACAGCCAAAGGAAAAAGGAAACCAAGGCAGGAAGAAGAUGAAGACUAUCGAGAAUUUCCUCAGAAGAAGCAUAAGCUUUAUGGGAGAAAACAACGGCCUAAAAUUCAGCCUACCCCCAAGCCCCAGACUCGUCGUAUUCGGAAGGAGCCACCAGCUUAUGCAGCAGGCAGUUUGGAGGAGCAAUGGUACUUAGAAAUCAUGGAUAAGGGCAGUGUCUCCUGUCCUACCUGCCAGUCAGUGGGGAGGAAAACCAUACCAAUUUUAAAGACUGGAGGUGAACUGGAUGAGCCGAGUGAGAGAGAACGACUUCGAACAGUUCUGAAGAGACUAGGCAAGAUCAGGUGCAUACGUGAGAGUUGCUCUAGUACCUUCACCAGCAUCAUGGGAUAUAUGUACCAUGUCAAAAAAUGUGGCAAAGAGGCUGCAGAGCUGGAGAAGAUGACUUUGAAAUGUCACCACUGUGAAAAGCCGUAUAGAUCAAAGGCUGGACUUGCGUAUCAUCUGAGGUCAGAGCACGGACCUAUUUCCUUCUCCCCAAAGUCAGGACAGCCAGAGUGCUUAAAGGACAUGAGUCUAGAGUCAAAGAGUGGGGGUCGAGUGCAGAGGCGUUCUGCCAAGAUAGCUGUAUACCACCUGCAGGAGCUGGCCUCUGCAGAACUGGCCAAAGAAUGGCCUAAGAGAAAGGUACUUCAAGACUUGAUACCCGAUGAUCGGAAGUUAAAAUAUACCCGCCCUGGGCUACCUACUUUCAGCCAAGAAGUACUACACAAAUGGAAGUUAGAGGUCAAGAAGUAUCAUCGUAUUCAGUGUCCUAACCAGGGUUGUGAGGCUGUCUACGGUAGUUUAUCAGGCCUUAAAGCUCACCUGGGUUCUUGCACAUUGGGAAACUUUGUGGUUGGAAAAUACAAGUGUCUUUUGUGUCAGAAAGAAUUUGUGUCAGAGAGUGGUGUCAAGUAUCAUAUCAACUCUGUCCAUGCUGAGGAUUGGUUUAUUGUAAACCCAACAACAACCAAAAGCUUUGAAAAGCUGAUGAAGAUAAAGCAGCAGCAACAAGAAGAAGAAAAUAGGAGGGAGCAACACAGGAGCAGAAGGUCUCUAAGAAGGCAGCAGCAGUCUGGCCCUGAGCGUUCUGAAUCAGAGCUGAGUCUUAGAGUAGACAAGGAUCAGAGGCAGAGUAAUGAGGAACUGGUAGUGUCAACCUCCUGUAAGGAACCAGAGCAGGAGCCAUUGCCAGCACAUUUCCAGAAAGUCAAGUCCCCCAAAUCAACUCAUACACGAGGGAGGAAAUACAGGCAGGCAGUGUGA